AUGGCUGUACGCGACAAAUAUUUCGCACUAUCCGCCACCUCCGCUUUGUUCAAGCACGCUGAAGCCAAGCUGAACACUAGAUUCGCCGCUGGGUCCCUCCUCAUUCGCUAUGUACCUGUCGAUGGAACUAUGAUGAUCGAUCCUGAAACUGUAAGGAAUCUUGAGUUGGUAGGAAACAUGUCGAACAAGAAGUCGCCUCAUUCUCUUUUCGGAACUAUCAACCAUACCUUCACUUCCAUGGCGUCUCGAUUACUACGCGUCAAUCUUCUGUCUCCAAUCACAGGGCAGAGUGCUAUUGAAGCACGGCUAGACGUCGUCGAAGAGUUUGUUAAGAGUGAAGAUGCUUUCACAAACGUGAAGGUAUCUCUGAAACCGAUGAACAAAAUGGAUUUCGACAAGCUAAUAGUUUCUCUUGCUUCGUCUGAAACGAAACCUACCAGCACGGCCCAGGGAGCAUCCACUCGCGUGUCGCAAAUGCUGAAUCUGCGGAACAUCAUCAAGUGCAUUCCUCAGCUCCAGCAGGCUCUUAGUGGAUGUAAAUCACAUUUGCUUCGAAUCGUCUGCGACAUGGUCUCGGACGAGCGUAUUGCUAACAUUGAUCGAUUAAUCGCCAAGAGCUUGAACGAAGAUACUUUGCCUUCCAAGCAUGGCAUCGGUGCUGUCAAUGCUCGCGUCUACGCCGUGAAGGCAAACUACAAUCGGCUGCUAGACGUAGCCCGCGAGACAUAUAAAGAAAAUGUUGGCGACAUCUACGCCCUCAACACUACUUUGUCAGAGCAGCACGACCUGCCGCUGACUCUUAUCUAUCACGACACGGGUUUUGUAUUCUCAUUGAAGAAGUCUGAUGUGACAGACGAAUUGCCGAGGGGUUUCAUUAAUGCAUCGUUGAAGAAAGGGAGAUGGCAGUUCUCCUCUAUGGAGUUGAAAAAGAUGAAUGCAAGGAUGAAAGAUGCUUUAGACGAGACUUUGAUUCUGAGCGACAAAAUUAUUCAGGACCUUGUCGCAGAAAUUCUCAUUGACGUGGGAGCCUUGUAUAAGGCAUCAGAAGCGAUUGCCCUGGUGGAUAUGUUGCUGUCAUUCGCCCAUGUAUCCAUCAUGCGCAACUACGUCAGACCAGAAUUCACGGGAACGCUUGCUGUCAAGGCAGGCAGGCAUCCUAUUCUAGAGACUCUACGCACGAUGGGCACGCUUGUACCCAAUGAUGUAUACUGUGAUGAUUCUUCCUCUUUUCAAAUCGUUCAGGGACCGAACAUGUCCGGCAAAAGCACUUAUCUACGUCAAGUGGGGCUAUUGACUGUGAUGGCUAUGUGCGGAUGUUUUGUACCGGCAGAGUACGCAAGUUUCCGGACACACGACGCCCUUCUCACCCGGUUGUCAAACGACGAUGACAUGGAGAAGAGUCUCAGUACAUUCGCUAGUGAGAUGGCAACGUCUGCGAUGAUUCUUGGUCUAGCCACUCCGAAUACCCUUAUCCUCAUCGAUGAGCUUGGAAGGGGGACUUCUCCCAGAGAAGGCGUGGGUAUAUCACACGCCAUUGCCGAGGCUUUGAUGGAACACAAGUCGUUUGUCUUCUUUGCGACGCACUUUAACGAGCUGAGCACCACGCUUUCUCGUAAGCCCUCUGUAGUAAAUCUGCACCUAUCCGUUCAGAAAUCACGUCCGUCUGAGUCCAAUCUUGGGAUGACUUUUCAAUACAAGAUCGUCGAUGGUGCUCCUGACGACAUGUCGCAUUAUGGCACGUUCAGGAGAAGUCGACUUGGCAGACUUGAACUCGCUCGACUUGCCGACUUACCAAGUGAUGUACUCACAGAGGCUAAAAGAGUCUCUUCGAACCUCUCUGCUUUGCACGCACGCAACGAGGAGGAGAGCGAGAGCACGCAGAUCACUACAAGACGAAAAGCAUUGUUACGGUUAAGAACACAAUUGAAACAGGCGCUAGAUCACUCUAUGCUUCCAGACGAGGAGCUACUAACGUACAUCGGGCGUUUCCAGAGAGAUAUCACUAGGGCUUUCUUGUAUGGUAAGUGAGCUAGAGUGAGUGUAAGAAAUAGGUUGGGGAAAUGCAACUUUCAUUCUAAAUACGCU